CGCUUCACUGUGUUGGAGCCGAUUCCUAAGUUUGCUCCCUCUCCCUCAAGAGAUAGAGCUCGUGUGGAAAAGCGCGGAGGAUUUAUUCUCCUUUCUAGCGCAGUCACAUCUGGAAGCAGUCAGGGAGUCUACAGGGGAGGGGGUUUGGUCGUCAGAUCAUUGCAGAGAGGCUGGUGGUGUGCGCUCUCUCUCCGCAGGGCCACAGACUGACUACUCCCCUUUCUCUCCAAUAUGGACUGGACGCGGCCGAUUCUGCACUCUAUUUCCUAACGAGGCGCGACGCAAACUACGCCUGUUGUGGAACAUCUCAGAUGGAAUCGAUCAUAUGUGAAGAUUGAAGCCCGUGAGAUCUGGAAUAUACACACCUUUUUACCUUUUGCUGCGCUUUCUGAAACGGUCUCUGAAACCGACGCCCGCUUUUCCUGCGCUUCUCCUGGCUGUUGCAGCAUCCCUUUCGAACCGUUUCCGAGCGAAUCGCGCCGAUUUGAUUAUCGAUUAUCAGCAAGCGGCGCUGGUAUCAUGUUUCUUAGGUAGGGCCCGGAUGUUCCAAAGAUGCACUGGUUCGUUUUCUUAGGUGGUUCCUGCGAUUAUCCUUUCCUGAUCUUUAGCUCCAUAAUGGGGAUCAGGUAAUAUUAACUAAGCCGCAAGAGAAGGAAUAUCUUACGCUUUGCGUUUUCAUUUUUUUCUUCCCCCCUUUUUUCUUUCAUUUCUUUCCCUUGGGUUGUUUUUUCCUACCCCCUCCUUUUUUACAACCUUUUCUUCAUUCACCUUCGGAUAAAGCUGGACCACAUAUAUGGUAAAUGAAAGCAAAAACAUGUACAUACCGGAGGACACCCUUGAAAACCAUCAAGGCUCCAACUAUUCCAGUCCGUCGUUGGCUCCAGUCCCCAGUCUGAAUGAGGACGAGCGUGUCGGGGGCGGGGGUGGGGUGCUGGGUCUUGCACCUGAACACAUUCCCACCCCUGGCGCCCCCCUCAGCUGGCAGGCAGCCAUCGACGCGGCGCGGCAGGCCAAGCUGAUGGGCACCACCGGAGCCCCGAUCUCCACUGCGAGCUCCACGCAGCGCAAACGCCAGCACUACACCAAACCCAAGAAACAGGCCAGCACUGCCUCCACGCGCCCGCCUCGAGCCCUUCUCUGCCUCACUCUAAAAAACCCCAUCCGCAGGGCGUGCAUCAAUAUCGUGGAAUGGAAACCGUUUGAAAUCAUAAUUUUGAUGACUAUUUUUGCAAAUUGUGUGGCCUUAGCUGUCUACAUCCCUUUCCCCGAGGACGAUUCCAACGCUACCAACUCAAACCUGGAACGGGUGGAGUAUCUCUUUCUGAUCAUUUUUACGGUUGAAGCAUUUCUGAAAGUUAUUGCAUACGGGCUGCUGUGUCACCCGAAUGCGUACCUGCGGAAUGGCUGGAACUUGUUGGAUUUCAUCAUCGUGGUGGUAGGGCUCUUCAGUGCAAUAUUAGAGCAGGCCACUAAAGGAGAUGGGGGAACUUCAAUGGGAGGCAAGGCUGCAGGGUUUGAUGUAAAAGCCCUGCGAGCCUUUAGAGUGUUGAGACCUCUGAGACUCGUAUCUGGAGUACCUAGUUUACAGGUGGUGCUGAACUCCAUCAUUAAAGCCAUGGUUCCCCUCCUGCACAUCGCUCUGCUCGUUCUGUUCGUCAUCAUCAUUUAUGCCAUCAUCGGCCUCGAGCUUUUCAUGGGCAAGAUGCACAGGACCUGUUUUUUCUUCAAAGACGGACACAAAGGUCCUAUAUCUGAAGAGAAGCCGGCCCCCUGCGCCCCAAGCUCCGCCCAUGGACGACACUGCUCUCCGGCCAACAUAACGCAGUGCAUGAUGGGAUGGGAAGGCCCAAAUGAUGGAAUCACGAACUUUGAUAACUUUGCAUUUGCCAUGCUGACUGUGUUUCAAUGCAUCACGAUGGAGGGCUGGACUGACGUCCUGUACUGGAUGCAGGAUGCCAUGGGUUAUGAGCUUCCGUGGGUCUAUUUUGUCAGUCUGGUCAUCUUUGGAUCCUUUUUCGUUCUAAAUCUGGUUCUGGGUGUGUUGAGCGGAGAGUUCUCUAAAGAGCGAGAAAAGGCCAAAGCUCGCGGCGAUUUCCAGAAGCUCCGUGAGAAGCAGCAGCUGGAGGAGGAUCUAAAGGGCUACCUGGACUGGAUCACGCAGGCGGAGGAUAUCGACCCUGAGAACGACGACGAGGGACUGGACGACGACAAGCCUAGAAAUCUGAGUAUGCCGGCCAGUGAAAAUGAGUCAGUGAACACUGAUAAUGCUCCAGCUGGAGACAUGGAGGGAGAGACCUGCUGUACUCGCAUGGCAAAUAGGAUCUCCAAAUCCAAAUUCAGUCGGUAUUCACGCCGAUGGAAUCGGUUAUGUCGGCGCACGUGCCGUGCAGCAGUGAAGUCAAAUGUGUUCUACUGGCUGGUGAUUUUCCUGGUAUUUUUGAACACACUUACUAUUGCCUCUGAGCACCACCAGCAGCCAGAGUGGCUCACCAAUGUACAAGAUAUCGCCAAUAAGGUGUUGCUGGCUCUUUUUACCGGUGAGAUGUUGCUGAAGAUGUACAGCCUGGGUCUACAGGCCUAUUUUGUCUCCCUUUUCAACCGCUUUGACAGUUUUGUGGUGUGCGGUGGGAUUCUGGAGACCAUCCUGGUGGAGACCAAGAUCAUGUCACCCCUUGGCAUCUCUGUGCUGCGCUGUGUGCGUCUCCUCCGCAUCUUCAAGAUCACCAGGUACUGGAACUCUCUUAGUAAUUUAGUGGCAUCUCUGCUGAACUCGGUGCGUUCUAUCGCAUCCCUGCUUCUGCUGCUCUUCCUGUUCAUCAUCAUCUUCAGCCUGUUGGGAAUGCAGCUCUUUGGUGGCAAGUUCAACUUCGAUGAGACGCGCCGCAGCACCUUCGAUAACUUCCCCCAGUCUCUCCUCACCGUCUUUCAGAUUUUGACCGGUGAGGACUGGAACUCUGUGAUGUACGAUGGGAUCAUGGCGUACGGUGGGCCCUCCUUUCCUGGCAUGCUUGUGUGCAUUUAUUUCAUCAUCCUCUUCAUCUGCGGAAACUACAUCCUCCUGAAUGUCUUCUUGGCCAUUGCCGUGGACAACCUGGCAGACGCCGAGAGUCUGACAUCAGCGCAGAAAGAGGAAGAGGAGGAGAAAGAGAGGAAGAAGCUGGCCAGAACGGCCAGUCCAGAGAAGCGCCAGGACUCUGAGAAACCACCUCUGGAGGAUGAAAAGAAAGAGGAAAAGAUUGAACUAAAAUCCAUCACUUCUGAUGGAGAGACGCAGACUGCCACCAAGAUCAACAUAGAUGAGUACACAGGGGAGGAGAACGAGGAGAAGAAUCCAUAUCCUGUGAACGAUUUCCCAGCAGGAGAGGAGGACGAUGAGGAGCCGGAGAUGCCAGUAGGUCCUCGUCCACGUCCACUCUCCGACAUUCAGCUGAAGGAGAAAGCUGUCCCCAUGCCUGAAGCCAGAGCUUUCUUUAUUUUCAGCCCCACUAACAAGUUCAGGGUUUUGUGUCAUAAGAUUGUAAACCACAACAUCUUCACCAAUUUAAUCCUGUUCUUUAUACUGCUGAGCAGUAUUUCACUGGCAGCGGAGGACCCAGUGAAUAAUGACUCAUUCAGGAAUCAGAUUCUAGGCUAUGCAGAUUAUGUGUUUACAGGAAUCUUCACCAUAGAGAUCAUAUUAAAGAUGACAGCGUAUGGAGCAUUCCUACAUAAGGGUUCAUUUUGUCGGAAUUAUUUUAAUAUUUUGGAUCUGGUGGUGGUCAGUGUGUCUCUGAUCUCCUCUGGAAUUCAGUCAAGUGCCAUUAAUGUAGUGAAGAUUCUCAGAGUGCUGAGGGUGUUGAGGCCCCUGAGAGCAAUCAACAGAGCCAAGGGUCUCAAACAUGUGGUCCAGUGUGUGUUUGUAGCCAUCCGUACCAUCGGGAACAUCGUCAUCGUCACCACUUUGCUGCAGUUCAUGUUUGCCUGUAUUGGUGUUCAACUUUUCAAGGGCAAAUUCUUCUACUGCACAGACACCUCUAAACAGACACAGGCUGAAUGCAGGGGAGCCUAUAUAUUAUACAAAGACGGGAAUGUUGGGAAGCCAGAGAAAGCGCAGCGUUCAUGGGAGAACAGUGACUUCAACUUUGAUGAUGUCCUGCAGGGCAUGAUGGCUCUGUUUGCCGUAUCCACUUUUGAGGGUUGGCCAGGGCUCCUCUACAGAGCCAUUGACUCCCAUGCAGAGGAUAUUGGCCCAGUCUACAACUACCGCGUGGUCAUCUCUAUAUUCUUCAUCAUCUACAUCAUCAUCAUUGCCUUCUUCAUGAUGAACAUAUUCGUAGGUUUCGUCAUUGUGACAUUUCAGGAGCAGGGAGAGCAAGAGUACAAAAACUGUGAGCUGGACAAGAACCAGCGUCAGUGUGUGGAAUAUGCCCUGAAGGCCCGUCCCCUGCGCAGGUACAUCCCCAAGAACCCUUAUCAGUACAAGGUUUGGUACGUGGUGAACUCUACCUACUUCGAGUACCUGAUGUUCACCCUCAUCCUUCUCAACACCAUCUGCCUGGCCAUGCAGCAUCAUGGCCAAUCUCAGUCGUUCAGCAAAGCCAUGAAUAUCCUCAAUAUGUUGUUCACCGGCCUCUUCACUGUGGAAAUGAUCCUCAAACUCAUCGCCUUCAAACCCAGGCAUUAUUUUGUUGAUGCAUGGAACACGUUUGAUGCCCUUAUUGUAGUGGGUAGUGUUGUUGAUAUAGCCAUCACAGAGGUUAACCCAGCUGACCCCUCCUCCUCUCCCCCCUCCUCUGUGGUAAGACCAAUGGGUCUCCAAAACACUGAAGAUAACGCCAGGAUCUCAAUCACGUUCUUUCGGCUGUUCCGCGUGAUGAGGCUGGUGAAGCUCCUGUCUCGGGGAGAGGGCAUUCGGACGCUGCUCUGGACCUUCAUUAAAUCCUUUCAGGCUCUUCCCUAUGUUGCUUUGCUGAUCGUAAUGCUGUUCUUCAUCUACGCCGUUAUUGGGAUGCAGAUGUUUGGUAAGAUUGCCCUGAGGGACAACAGCCAGAUCAACCGAAACAACAACUUUCAGACGUUUCCCCAGGCUGUUCUGCUGCUCUUCAGAUGUGCAACCGGGGAGGCAUGGCAGGAAAUCAUGCUGGCCUGUUCGCCGAACCGCCCAUGUGAGAAGGGGCUAGAGGUCGGCCAUUCCAGUGAAGACUGUGGCAGCCACUUUGCUAUCUUCUACUUUGUUAGCUUUUAUAUGCUUUGCGCCUUCCUGAUCAUUAACCUCUUUGUGGCCGUCAUCAUGGACAACUUUGACUAUUUAACACGUGAUUGGUCGAUACUGGGGCCGCAUCACCUGGAUGAGUUCAAGAGGAUAUGGGCAGAAUAUGAUCCUGAGGCCAAGGGUCGGAUAAAGCACCUGGAUGUGGUAACGUUACUGCGCCGGAUUCAGCCUCCCCUUGGUUUUGGAAAGCUUUGUCCACAUAGAGUUGCAUGCAAGCGGCUUGUGUCCAUGAACAUGCCUCUCAAUAGUGACGGGACGGUGAUGUUCAAUGCAACUCUCUUCGCUUUAGUACGAACGGCUCUACGAAUCAAAACUGAAGGUAACCUGGAGCAAGCAAAUGAGGAACUCAGGGCCAUCGUGAAGAAGAUCUGGAAGAGGACGAGCAUGAAGCUGCUGGAUCAAGUCGUUCCCCCUGCUGGAGAUGAUGAAGUAACAGUGGGAAAGUUCUAUGCCACAUUCCUGAUUCAGGAAUACUUCAGGAAAUUUAAGAAGCGCAAGGAACAGGGCCUGGUGGCCAAAAUUCCUCCAAAGACUGCUCUUUCACUGCAGGCUGGCCUGCGUACACUGCAUGAUAUGGGUCCUGAGAUCAGAAGAGCGAUAUCAGGAGACCUGACUGUGGAGGAGGAGCUGGAGAGAGCCAUGAAGGAAACCGUGUGUGCUGCUUCUGAGGAUGAUAUCUUCAGGCGUUCUGGCGGCCUCUUCGGGAACCACGUCAACUACUACCACCAGAGUGAUGGCCAUGCCUCCUUCCCACAGUCCUUCACAACACAGCGGCCGUUGCACAUCAGUAAAUCCGGGAGUCCCGGCGAAGCAGAAUCUCCCUCUCAUCAGAAGCUCGUUGACUCUACCUUCACUCCGAGCAGUUAUUCUUCCUCAGGAUCCAACGCAAACAUUAACAACGCCAACAACACAGCCAUCGGACACCGGUACCCUAAACCUACCGUCAGCACGGUGGACGGACACACGGGGCCACCUCUCACCACCGUCCCACUACCACGGCCCACAUGGUGCUUUCCUAACAAGAGCUCUGAUUCCAGCGACAGUCGCCUCCCUAUAAUACGGCGAGAGGAAGCAUCUACAGAUGAGACGUACGAUGAAACAUUUCUAGAUGAGAGAGAUCAGACCAUGCUCUCAAUGGACAUGCUGGAAUUUCAGGAUGAAGAGAGCAAGCAAUUGGCUCCAAUGGUGGAGGCGGAUGUAGGGGAGGAGAGGAGGCCGUGGCAGUCUCCACGGCGACGGGCCUUUCUCUGCCCCACUGCACUGGGUCGACGGUCUUCCUUUCACUUGGAGUGUCUGAGAAAACAUAACAGACCUGAUGUUUCUCAGAAAACAGCACUACCACUGCAUCUAGUGCAUCAUCAGGCUCUGGCUGUGGCAGGGUUGAGUCCCCUGCUGAGACGGAGUCAUUCUCCGACGCUGUUCACGCGUCUGUGUUCCACACCUCCUGCGAGUCCCAGCGGCCGCAGCGGGGGAGGCCCGUGCUACCAGCCCGUUCCGUCUCUGCGGUUGGAGGGCAGCGGAUCUUACGAGAAACUCAACAGCAGCAUGCCGUCUGUGAACUGCAGCUCGUGGUACAGUGACAGUAACGGCAACCACAGCAGGAGCGUGCAGAGGACGCAGCGACCCGUGUCCCUCACGGUUCCUCCGGUCACACGCAGAGACUCCAUGUCCCUGGCACACGGGAGCGCCGGCAGCCUCGUGGAGGCGGUGUUGAUAUCUGAGGGUUUGGGUCGCUAUGCACAGGAUCCCUCCUUCAUCCAGGUAGCGAAGCAGGAGCUAGCGGACGCCUGCGACAUGACCAUGGAGGAGAUGGAGAACGCCGCCGACAACAUUCUCAACGCCAACGCGCCGCCCAACGCCAACGGAAACCUGCUACCCUUCAUACAGUGCAGAGACACUGGCUCGCAGGAGUCCCGUUGCGGCCACGCGCUGGGCCUCUCGUCCGCCACGGGCUCCGACGAGCUUCUGGGGGCGGAGCUAGAGGGCUCCGAGGGGGCGAGCCAACGGAACAGCACUCUGAUGGAGGACGAGGACAUGGAGUGCGUGACGAGUUUGUAGGGGGAACCGCAGCAGCACGGAGGACUUCCUGUGUCUUAGCCCAGCUCUCUCUGAGGACACUGCUGUCCUGCAGUCUGACCCGUCUGUUGCGUGUACCUACCGUAGGGGUAUAAGGCCAUUCUGCUUAGCUGAGACCGAGUUGGUUUUUAGUUCGUCCGUGUGUUUGCGAGAGCACGAGCCAGUAGGCGUGUGUACAUGUUUGUGUGUGCGUGUUUCUAAAGUGCCUCACAGUUCUCACAACCUUGAUUGCAGUACGGAAACGAAACCCUGACCGAGCAGGGAAUGAAGAUGCGAAAAAAGAUGCGCUGUUGGGAUCUGUCCGCCGGCGUGCGGCGGUAGGACUCGACGGCCGCAGCGUCGGCGCGGUGCCGAGCAGGUGGAUCUCGAGGGCCGUGGAGCCAUCACGGGUUCGAGAGAUGUUCAGAGGGACACAUUGGAGCGGCUCUCUCUUUCCUUUCAUGGGGCUGUCCGUCCAUCCAUCCAUUCAUCAAGAGAAGCGUCGUCUGCAAGCGCCCUCACGUCAUCCUUCUCUGUUCAUUUGAUGAUUUUUUGCUGCUUUUCGGAUUUGAUUUCUUUCGUUAAGCCUGCAGCUUUUCUUUUUAAUCAGCAGAAGACUGAACUGAAUUGCUCUUUCUCGUGUACCGUUAACGGCUUUCAGGUAGCUGCUAGCCGUGCAAGGUACGGGUCAUUGCAUCAGUGGCCUUUUAUUCCAGAUCUGCUUUAGUUUUAUUUCUUUUUUUUUUUUAGCAUUUAGUGUUUGUAAUGUUGUUUAUCUUGGAUUGCACACAGAUGGAUGCUGUUUUUUUUUUCCUUAAAUUAUUAUUAUUAUUAUUAUUAUUAUUAUUAUUAUUAUUGAAGGCGUUUAAGAUGUUUAUUCCAGAUGCAGUGUUGUGAAUCUAAUGCCUCUGACAGACACACACACAAAAAAUUAUUUAUUUAUUUAUUCCUGUCAGAGGCGCGAAGCGUGUUCCGCCAGGGGGUUCGGUCUCUCUCACGAUGUUCAUUGGUAGCUCACAAGCUGUAAAUGAGCGGUGUCACUCACCUGGACGCAGGUAGCACUGACAGGUCUCAUGGCUGCUGUUGGAUCGGACUCAAACUACUGACGUUUCUUCACUGCUGAUCUCCAGAAACAUUCAGCCGACAGCUGCGAUUCUGUCACGGUCCCACCUGCUCGACACAGGAAACAGCAGAUCUUCGGAAGGUCAGUAAAGGUGCACUUUGAGGAGAGGAAGGGUGGAGUAUUCAGGGAUGUCUGGGUAGCGCAUCAUUUAAAAAAAAAAAAAACUCUAUAAUGUAGUUCACACAGGGCUAAAUAUAUGACCAUCAUUAUGAAAGUACCAACAUCAGCAGUGUCAUCAUCAUACAAUGUUAUUGAUUGCUAUUAUUAUUAUUACUACUACUAUUGUUAAGGAUAUUUUUCUGCUGGGUUUAGCACUGUUUCCAUGCAGUUCGGCAAACACACAGAGAACUACUUAUCGAUCUAUUAUGCAAAUAAGGUGUUGAAGCGUUAGCGUUGUGUUGGAAACGUGUCGACGGGAUAGAAAACACAUGCGCUGGUGAGAAACCUGACCAAUCCACUUCCAGGCGUCUCUCUGUUUGUGCCACACUAGACCGGGUUCGAAGUUCUGUCACCGUUUUGCACACUACUUCAGACGAUAUGAAUUUCUCUUUCCAUAUAUGAAUAUAGAUAAUUGACUAUUUUUGUCUAGCUGACUCUUUACUUUCUAUAACAUCGCAUUCGAUCUCAAGUCUCCAGUCCUGUGCCGUUGUUUUUUUUUUUUUUUUUUUUUUUUUUUUUGGUUGAAUGAGUUCCUGAAUGUUUACAGGAGGUCUCUGCUCUGAGGACGAUGCAAAGCUUGUGAAAAAAAAACGUGACAAAUGUAGCCAGAACCCACCUGCUCUGUUCCAAAGCCGCCACCACCACACACCCUCAUAUCUCCUACUACACACACGUGCCAUAUGUCAUCGUGAGGCUGCCCCGGGCAUAUUAUCGAGGCCUUGGUUGUGUACGUGUGCGAGUUUCUCCGUGUUUAGCAUAUAUGCAGAGUGCGGAAACGAGCGCGUCUGUGUGGUGUUCGUGUUAGUAUAUGCAGGACGAGUGCGUGAGUGCAUGCGUAUGUGCUUGCAUACCACAAGAUAUGCAAAAACAAUGCAAUAACUUUGACUGUACAACAGUUUCCUUCAGAACUACAGCUGUACAAAAA